AUGAACAGUCAGAAGCUAGCAUCUACUCUUAUUCUUUCUUCUGUAUUCCGGUGCAUGACAGUUAAAGGGGACACUGAAGACUUUAAAAGCAAGAUCAAGCAGGAAGCAAUUAUUGAAACAAAAGAAGAAUUCCUGUACCUCAUUAGAAGAAUGCAGAAAUUGCAGGAAAUUAAGCCAAUCACAGACUUAUCAUUGUUUAAGAGUGGGAUUGAGCCUAUGUGGGAGGAUCCAUGCAAUAUAAAUGGUGGUAAGUGGAUUAUUAAAAUAAAGAAGAACACAGCAGAGCAGAGACUAUUUGAGAGUCUCUUUGUGUGGAUGGCUCUUGUUCCCUUUGCCUCAAUGGAAGUGAAUGGGAUUGUAGUGAGUGUAAGAGGGCACCAUACAAUUCUUUCCCUUUGGACAAAGACAUGCGGGACAGAAGAGGAAAUGGCAGCACAGGAGAAGGAGAUCCGGGAUAAGUUAGAAUUAAAACAUGCAAUCCCAGUGACCUUCAAAGGAAAUGAUGAGUCCCUAAAGGAUAAGUCAUCCUUCCGGUAUAUAGUCAAGGAUAAGGUACCUAAAUAA